AAACCGGGAGCUCGAUUCGCCUUGUUCCUUUAGUGAAAGGCUUUGUACGUACAACACAAGAGUUAAGGGACUGUAAGACAUUAAAACAUAUUGAGGGAACGUAUGCAGGCCCCCGUUUGACAGCUCAUCUUCAUCUCUACAAGAUUGUUAAUGCAGACUCACUAGGAAGAGAAGCACACAAUCUUCAAGCGCAAGACUUCUGAAGAGGAUGCACCAAUCAAUAUUCCCUGCAGGCUGUAAACCUGUGAUAUCACCGUGCACAACAUGCUGCUACUUAUACCACUGUCCUCUGUGCCCUAACAUGAAACCAACCGAGAUCUUAAAAAUGAGAAAACAUUUUGAAGUCCAUUUAAAAAACGCAAUUGUUUUUGAAGAUAAAAGAUUAUGUCGAUGUCAUUUACCAUGCAGAAAUUGUCCCCAUUACCAUUGUCCUAAUUGUAAUACAACUGUACUAAGAAGAAAUAAAAUGGAAGGUCAUCUGAAGUUGUGCAAAACAUCAAAUCAAACCUCGCAUCCACCUUCACCCGAACCGCAAGUCGACACUCCACUAGUGGAUUUGGAGCAGAUGGACCAGUUAUCAGCUUAUAUAUUUAUCUCCUUUAGAAGAACUUGGGGUUGAAACAUCUACUGAUCAGGGUGAAGGCAGCAAUGCUCAGCCAGAAUUUUCUCAAGAUAGUACAAUGGAAGAUGAGCUUGAUGGACUUCCUGUUUUUGGGGCAGAUGAAGAUGAUUGGGAUGUGGACUUUAGCUCCAGUCACAAAGUUUACUCUCGGAUAGCUAGGAACAGUGACGAUAAAAAUGAAAGUCAAGAUGGAGCGCCAACUAGUGGUGCAGAUGCAGAAGAGAAUAGUAACUCUACCAGUGGAUCCUCAGAAAUGGAUGUGGAGACAGCAAAAGCUUCUGAGGACAACCCUGUCACCCCCUCAUCAGACACUAUAAUAGAUAUCCAGGACGUACAGUCUGAAAUGAGGAUUGGGGGAUUACAAAGUAGCGCAAAACAGGAUCCUCCAGCAGAAGGUGCUGAUAGAGAAACAUCUUGCUCACCAAUAAGAAUCAAGGACGAGCCGAUAGAUGAGGACUAUGAUAAAGCUUUAAUGCCUCAGUCUGACAUCAGUCGUAUUAAAGAGGAGCUGGACAAUAUUGGCAAUGAGGCUUCCUCUCCAUCAGAUGAACUGAGGAUCAGCUCUGUUUUCUCUGUUAGAGGAAAUAGCAGUGAUGGAGUUUCUGCUUCUGUGGCUCCAUCCCAGUCAUCUUCAUUCUCAGUUAUGCCUACUGCUUCACUCAGAGGGACCACUUUAGUUCUGCCAACCCAAUCUCAACCUCAGCUUCAUCUGCGGGUGCAGCCCAGGCCACAGAUGCCUCCCCAAAUCCAGUCCCACCCCCGGAUACAGACGCCAAUGAUGUCCCAAACUCACCUCCAGCCACCUACCCAGCAGCAAUUCCAUGCCCCUCCGCCCACCGUGAGGAUCUGCUGCUCGGGCUGCUCCAAAGUCUUGCAGAAGGGUCAAACUGCAUUUCAACGAAAAGGCUCCAAUCAGCUGUUUUGCUCCACUGUUUGUCUGACAAGUUUCAGUUUACCUUCGGUUCAGUUUACCCCCGUUAUCGCUCCCAAGAAAACCUGUCACCUCUGCCUUAAGGUCAUUGUAAAUCUAAAAGACUUGAUAACCAUCCCCGUCGGCUCUAUGAACACAUUAAAGGAAUUCUGCAGCCCAGCUUGUCUAAAUAUUUAUAAAAAUCGGUAUGAAGACGCACCUGCGGAUUUAUUCACACAAUGCAACGUGUGUAAGUUGGUCAAAGAGAUCCAGCAUGAAGUGACUCAUCUUGGUGUUGUACACAAGCUGUGCAGCGAUGAAUGCUUUGCACGCUUCCGAUCCUCCAGAAACCUCUACAUGAGCUACUGUGAGAACUGUGGCAACUGUACAGCCUCAGGAAAUUAUCACCUGGUUCAGAUAGAGGAUAGUAUUAAAAAGUUCUGCUGCACCGAAUGUAUCACCACUUACAAACAGAAGAGUGGCAAGAGGCUUAUGUGUCCUAAUUGCCAAGAGAUCAAAAAUAUGGAUCAGAUGGUGGAUGGCACAAACAUACAGGGUGUGACAGAAUUCUUCUGCUCCCACAAAUGUGUUUCCAUGAGUCAAGCAUCUCCCAGUCUGACUGGAACCUCUUUCCCAUGCACAACCUGCAAGAAGAUGGCUAUUCCUCAGUAUCACCUUGCCAUUUCUGAUGGAUCCAUUAGAAACUUCUGCUGUCUAGAUUGUGUGGGCAAAUUCCAGGAGAAAAUGAAUACACCUGUACCUCAUAACCAGAUGAAUGGGAACUCUCAUGGACCUCAGAGCACUGCAGCACCACGGUCCCCCACUGACCAUCACCUGCCCACACAAACUUCUUCAACUAGUGUGCCUGGCCCAAGCCACAACCCUCCUCCACCUUUUGUACCUAGUCAAAAUCCAGUCCCAUCUUACGUACCUGCUCCUGGUCUGGUAAACCCCCAAGAAACCCAGCAGCAAUGGCCCAGCAAGCCUCCCUCUUCCUCUGACAAGAUUCGACUUGUGUGCAAGCAGUGCCAGAGUCAGUUUAGCACAAAGCCUGAGGUUUUCCAAUUUAAGGGUCAUGCAGGUUUAUUCUGCUCUCGCAUGUGUUGCGACACAUAUAAGAGGGAAAGCAAGGUGAAAGCUGAGUGUGCAUACUGCAAAGAAGAGAGGGUGAUCAAAGACAUCAUGACGUAUGAAAAGCAACCCCGAUAUUUCUGUUGUGAAGGGUGUAAACUGCUUUUUAAGCAUGACCUUGCUAAACGACACGGAGGUCAAUGCAGGGUUUGUGCCUACUGUCAAAACAUGACUCACAAAACCAUUCAGAACUUCUUUGGGGGCAAGCUGGAGGAGUUUUGCGCAGAGGAGUGCAUGUCCCUCUACACUGUGCUUUUUUAUGAGAUGGGCAAGUGUCAUGGCUGUAAGAAUCAGGGGUCACUCAAGGAAAGUCUCGUCUGGGAUGGAACUACACGUCACUUCUGUAAUCUUUCCUGUUUACUGCUGUUCUGUUUAAAGAGCGUCGGAUAUCAUCAGCCUGCAAGCAACGGAAAUGUAUCUACAUCCACUACAGUUCAAGCUCCAUUAUCUCUUUCGAAGGACAUGCCUAUUAUUGGUGGUGUAGUAUCAUUGGCCUCCACAUUACCUGGAAAUACUGCUCUCACAGGAGCUCUCCCUACCUCAAAUGCCAGCUCAAAAAAUAUUGGGGAAGCCAGCACACAAACAGAUGCUGCGGUGCCUGCUAGUCCAUAUCGAAGAAUGUUGAAGAACAAAGCUCUGAUGUGCAGACCCAUCACUGAAGAGCAAGCUGUCCAGUGUGAGCCAGAGCCUCCAGCUCCUCCAAAUCUGCCUGGAACAGUGAUUGAAGAAAAUGGAGAAAAGGUGAGGUUUGUGCCAGUGCCAGUGCCCAUUCCGAUGCCAGUCUACAUCCCAGUGCCAAUGCAUCUGUACACCCAGUACACACCAGUUCCACUGGGACUACCCCUACCGGUGCCUGUACCUAUGGUCAUCCCUGGAUCUCAAAGCACUCCUGAACCAAAAGACACUAAAUGCAGCCUUCCUGCUCAGAGCUCAGUGGAAGACGACGAGGUGGAAAAGGGGAAAGACAAGCCUGUUUUACAUGACCAGGGCAGCACGUACAGUGGAGAUCUAGAGUCAGAAGCCAGAUCAACACCCUUCAGCUGGGCAGAUAAUGAGGAUCCUGGAGCCAACGUGAAGCCAUUGGUCCCAUCAGCAGAACUAGAGGAGCCGGUAAUUGCUCCUACCGCUCCUACCGCUCCUACCACAUCUUUGUCACAAGAACAGCCAGAUUUGGAAGACGACUUUCCCAGAAUAUCAACUGACCUUGGAGCAUCGAAGGAGAACAGACUGGUAUUGACACUGAAGCGACGCAAGAAAGGCAGAGACAGCCACCCUCCCAGGAAAAGGGGUCGUAAGCGAUCUGGAACAGAUGCUUCUGGCAGUGUUUGGCUCAGUACCUCCAGCUCAAAGCUGAACCAAAUGUACGGAGUUGAAGCCUGGACCAGCUGGGUGCAGAAGAGAACUGGACAAACAGACAGUGAAGAGGACCAAGAGUCCUCUAGCCUCAUGACUAUGAAGAAGGAUGUGUUGCAGUGCAGCUCUGCAGAGCUCAGUUACGGUCUGUGUCGUUUCAUCAAAGAGGUCCGCAGGCCAAACGGCGAAGCUUACGAACCCGAUAGCAUCUACUACCUGUGCCUGGGCAUUCAGCAGUGCCUGCUUGAAAAUGGGCGUCUUGAGAAUAUCUUCACAGAUUCCCUCUAUAAUCAGUUCAUCACAGAGAUCACCACACUGCUGAAACACUGGGGAAAUACUUUGCCACCUGGGGGUGACCAUGACCAUGAGUCAUCUCUUUUGUUUUACUCAGGGUAUAUACACUCACGGGUUGAGGAGGAGUACCUUUGGGAAUGCAAGCAACUGGGGGCCCUAUCUCCUAUUGUUCUGCUCAACACACUGCUGUUUUUUGGAGCUAAACUGCUCAACCUCCAAACGGUUGAGGAGCAUCAACGCCUGGCAUUCUCUAAUGUCACCAACUGCUCAAGAAUGACCAAAAAGGGCAAGACCUCUUAUCUUAAGUUCAAACUACCUAGCAAGGAAGAAGGCAUGGAAAAGAGAGCACCAGUUGUUAAAAGGAAGAGAGAAGAAGAGACAGUGGAUGAGGACUUUAUGGAGAUGCUUGAGAACUCCGAAAACCCCUUACGCUGUCCCGUUCGACUGUACGAGUUCUAUCUCUCUAAAUGCUCAAACUCCGUCAAGCAGCGUCCAGAUUUGUUCUACCUGCAGCCUGAGAGUUCCUGCCACCCCAGCAGCCCUGUGUGGUACUCAGCCGAGCCACUGGACAGUUCCAUGAUGGAGAGCAUGCUCACACGCAUCAUAGCCGUACGGGACAUUCACCUGGACUCUAAGCAGCAAAAGUCCCAGGACUCGUCAGAUGAAGAGAGUUCUUAAUGAGAACCCAAAAAACUGCUCAUUAGAAGGGGGACAUUGCUUUUAAAAGAUAACAAAUUAUGGAUCUCCCCAGAACUCAAAAGUAGCAAAGUACCAAUCAUGAGACUGAACUUAAAAGGAGCAAAACAAACACACGAAAGCCAAUCAUGAGACAUUUAAAGACAUCUACUUUUAUUCGAAUGAAAUGGGAGGCAAGAGCAACUUAUGACCAUUUAAUUUGAAACUGUUACUGUUGUAGACUCCCUCUUCCACAUGUGGACACACUCACCAGACAUUCCUCAAGUCAUCAUGUCAUGAAUGUUAAAGACCAGUGUAAGAUGAAAAAUGAAGAGGAAAAAUGUUUGGUUUUUAUUUAGAUUGCAUCACAGUAGACACGUUGCAGUAGACGUUGUUACUCAGUACUCUGAAUUAUAUAGCGUAAACUUUUUAUGUUUAAACAUUCUUCUUUGUCAUUGUUGGUGACCUUUGGAAAUAUAUAUUAAUUCUCAGA